AAGAGCUCAAAACCACUUCCCAUUGCUCUUCAUCCGUGGCUCAUAGCUGCUAGAUAUGUAUAUGCAUACCCAUACCUACUCAAACACCCAAAUGCAGAUCAAGACUGACUUGGUCCUUUAAUGACUCUAUAGCUAGAAGAAAUGGGAGAUUCGUCGAAGAGUGAGUUACCAACUUUCAUCCUGGCAAUAAUUUCCAUAAAGGCGCGUCGCUGGUCUUCGUCCAUGUUCGUGUAUCUCUCACACUUGGAAGAGACUGGAAACGCUGACACUACAACGAAUCCAGUGACCGUCCCUACCCCAGGGAUCUCCUCUUUCGGGAGCAACAAGCAAGCCAGAUCUAUCGAAACUGCUUCUUGCGAUGAGCCAAAGCCCAAGAAGCAAAAGACCGACUCUAUCUCCCAAUUCUGGGCCCCAGCAACUCCCGCUCUGGCCAAAUUUCCAUUCAUGGACGUUUUCUUCGUCGACAUGGCAGUGGUCAUUCGGGAUACGUUCCCCAUCGGCAAUUUUGCAGAGACAUACCACUGCAGCACCAAAGACGUCCUCGACGCUCUGAGUGCCGUGGUCUUGAAGCCUCUUUGCACUCUAUCAAAUGGGCUCUCGGUCUCCGACCAUGCCCAGAUCUUGAUCGCCGACUGGCGAGAAGAUAUCGCAAAAGUCCCCAACGACCUCAUCACGAUCUCGGACAGCUCCCCCGAGCUACACCCAGUCUCUUCUUCACCGACCCCUCAAUCCCCCGAAUCUGAACCACUUUCUGCUACCUACCCACCGCCGGUGUUCACUUUUCCGAUAAAGCAGACGGCCUCACCUCCAAGCAGUCCAGGUAUCUGCAAUUCUUCUUCGGAGCCUGCUGGCAAGGGACCCUCGGAUCACACACCCUCUCCUCCACCGGCCGCCAUCGAGCUGUCCCGCUCCCCCCAGGCCAAGUCCAUUGUGAGGAGGAGCCCGACACGUCCGAAGAAGAGCAACAAGAAGGAGGGAAAGCGCAGAGAAACGCUGACGAGCAAGCGAGUAGAAGUCCGUCGGGACUACACCGGGGUACUUAUUCCAGUUGCGGACUGGAUUGAGGGAUAUCAUAUCCCCAAGGAUAACGGUCAAGGUCAGGUGGAUGCAAUGACGGACGAGGAGUUUGAGAAGCUGAUGCAGAGAGGAUGGUUUCGGGAGUUUAUGAAGAAAGAGGAGGGAGAUCAGGUUGCUUGUGCGAAGCCUGGAUCGAGGCGUGGUUGGUGAAAGAGACGACGUCGGAUGUGCGAAUGAAACGAGCCUCUGUCAGGUUAUUUGAAGGAAUAAGUUCCAGUAUAUUUUGUACCCUGGAAUGGAGGCUCUCUAGGACAUUGAGAUGUUGCAGAUGUCCAAAGACAAAGAUGCAAUCGCACAGUUAGGUCUCCAAGACUUUGAUCGUUGUCGAUACUUUCUCGUUCAUAAUUCAAGACGGUCAAAUAACGGAAAAUAUAUCGUGGCCUAAGCUCUGGCGAUCUUCCAGAGAAUCACAGCUCCCGGGUCUGGAACGUGGAGAAUCGAAAGUGGGAAAAGUGGAGCCCGGCUGAGGUGGAAGAUCAAUCGUCGUCACCCGCGUUACUGUGGGCAACUCGGCGCGUGCAGAUAAUUGUCUUG